AUGAGUAUCAAUAAGAGAGAAGCAGAAAAAACUGUAAAAAGGAGAACGUUCUUAGGAUGCGCAACUUGUCGCAAAAGGAAAGUAAAAUGUGAUGGAAGAAAACCUAAAUGUGCUAGAUGCGAGAAAGCAAACCGUGAAUGUGAAGGCUACGGACUCCACUUAAAAUUCAAUGAUAUUGUGACAGUCGGAAAGGGUGGCACCCUGGUUGUUGUUGGUGAUACGCAAAAUGAGGAUGCGAAAAAAAGAGUCAAACGACAACAACUACCAUUUAUGAAAUUUCCUGUAAACCAAUCAUAUGGGACAUUUGCUGAGAUAGACAAUAGACUCGAAGAAUUGGAAUUGUUUGAUGAGAUGAAUUCCGAUAAAUUUGUAGGACCUUUUGGUCUUCUCUGUAUUUCAAGCAAAUUCAAUCAAGAUAUUAACAAAACGACUAUUCAAGCUGUCGAACCGUCAAGAUCAAGAAAUAAAACUAUCCAGCCUACACAGUUUAGCAUACCCCUGAUAAAUGAACAGGGUCAUGAUACUCACUUUGCCUCUAAAAACGAAUUCCCGUUACCGUCAUUAACUACUAUGGUCAACUCUUCCUACAAAAAAUCACCAUCCAUAACGUUUCUUAAUGAUUCGUUACCCUUAGUUCCAGCGUUAAAGUUGAAUUAUGAAAGAAAAAAACAUCAAGAAGACUAUGACGCAGUAAACAAAUUGGAUACCAAGUUCUCAACUAUCAAUAUCCCAUCCCUUCAAAAUCCUGGAGGGUUUCUUGAAGAAAACCUCGAAAGACCUAUAUGGAUCCAUCCAAGACUCGAAAUUGAUGCAAUAUUGACUUAUCAAACUCUAAUAGGUAAUGCCGAUGUUCAAAAUCGACAUUGGGAUUCGAUUAAAAGGGUUAUAUUUGCUGAAAGGUAUGAUACCACACGAUUCUUAAAUAAUAGAAUACAGGAUAAAAUACCACUGAAAGCGGAUGUCGCUGAAAAUCUUAUCAAAAAACGAAUAUUUGACGUAGUUAGGGCUUUAGACGAUGGGAAACAGGUUUGCAUGAACUCAACAAACUUGACAUUUACUUCGUUACUUAGAUCUCACAAAAUUCAAGAAUUAAUUAGACUCUUUGUCAAGUCACAGCCUUCGAUAAUGCACUUGAGCUUCAAAGGAUCUGUAUUUGAUACUAUUGUUAUACCCACGCUUUACAAAAUUGUUGGCGAGUUGAUGGUAUUUGAAAGUUCUGUUGACGGUAUGAGAAAUUGGGGUGAAAAGGAAGCUCAUGGCAGCAUUAAUUUUCAGAAAUACUGCUCUAUGUUGAAGCAAACAUAUUGUAUGGUUGCCUUAUCUAUUACUUCAUUCUCCCAGUAUAAAAUAUACUUCUGCGAAAAUGGUAUAUAUGAUGGCUCUUUGAGUUUGUUCAAAUCGUAUGUUGCCUUUCGUGAGAUGUCACUUGUAAAUUUAGCAAUUUUGGUAAAACCAUUCAUUAAUUCAAAAGGCAAGGCUGAAAUCUCUGAUGGUAAGUUAGUUGACAUGCUGAUAAAAAUUGGGCUCUUUAAUGAGUUAGUUUUGACUUUAAUUUUGGCCAUUUACCAAGAUUCUAGCUUAGAUAUAAUUAUCAACUAUUCCUUGCUGUACGGUGUCUUAGACGAAAUAAAAUUGUAUUAUUUUAAUUCUACACAAAAUCCAAAUGAUCAAACUAACGUAUUAUGGGAGUGGUUUAGAUAUUUGAGGUUUUUCCAUAAAUCGUGUUCAAAAAUAGACUUGGAAAAUUAUGAAAUAGAUGAAGAAGGUUUUGAGGAUGUAAAGGCUGAUUAUAAUCUAAUCAGGAGUUUCGAGUUUGAUGAUUACUUCAGCAAGAAUGAGUAUAACCAGAUUGUCAUUAAAUCCUCCCUGGAUUCAACUGCCAAAAACAGAGAUGAUAGAGAUGAUCGAGAUGACGGAGAUGAUGAUGAAAGCGUGUGUGAGGAUGACUUAUCUAGUGAAGUCUUAAGUAAUGACGAAGAAAAUUGGAAGAUUCCUAGUCGACUAGCCUCUAAGCUAGUUAAAGAGGACAAACCACCACGAGCUUUUACAAUAAGAUUCCAGUUUGAUGAAACAAAAAAACAAUCAGACAUUUCUGACUGUUCCGAUACCAAUUCUGAUGUUGAUUUGUGUGACAAUUCAAUUAGCGAAGAUAAUAUCCUACACGGCUGUAGCAAAAACAUUCUUCAUGAACGUAAAGAGAAAACUAUAGCUCAGAAGUCUGCCAUCAACGAAUUAACUGGUUUAUCAACAAAACAGAAUAAACACAUGUCCCUAAGUGAAAGAGAGCAACUAGUAGGAAGCAAAAAUGAUACUGAUCUUCUACAGUUAUCAAAUGAUGAUCCUGUCAAUAACCCAAAUAUGCCAUCUGUUAUUGAAUUGUCUUUUGGAAUCCCAAUAAGUUUGUUAGAAUUAAUGGAGAAAACACUGAAACUUGCCGACCACAAAAACUGGUGCCUACGAAAAAAAGUAUUCCCUAGGAACUUCCCCAGGAUUUGCUGUGAUUUGGAAGACGAAUUGGUAAAAUGGAAGCUCAACUGGGACUUAUUUUCAGAAGAAAAAGGAACAGAUGGAAGCAUUCAGUUUCACGGUUUAUUGCACAAGGCAUUGUAUCACUUAACAGUAGCUUUCUACAAUUCCAUCCUAAUGUUCUUUUUUAGACUUAUCAAAGACAUUGAUCCCCAAAUACUUCAAGAUCAUGUUGUAUCAACUAUCGAUCACCUUGAAGCGUUGAGGUCACUUUCUCUUAGAAGUGACUUCUCAAAAGAAAUGAAGAUCUACCCACCCUUUUGGUGCUUUUUUAUCGCUGGAUCCGAUGCGUUAUCACCUUCACUACAACACAGAUAUGACGAGCUUGCUCGUAAAUGGUAUGUUGCUGGAAACAAAUGGAUUGGGAAGCAAAUAAUGCUGCAAAUUUGGAAAACCGUAGGAGAAAAUGGGGCUUCCUGUGAAGGGAACUCCUGGCUCGACAUAAUCAAGUCAUGGGAAAUUUCUGGAUACAACUAA